AUGUGGGUUUUGUGCGAGCAUAGACGCCGAUUGUUCGUAUGUCCUCUCUCAAAAGAAGAGGGGCUUGCGGGCCGGCUACGUUUCGAAGUUGGAGAAUCGACUUGGUUGGAAGAAGAGGUGCGCGCAUUGAAGUCGCAGGCCCAACCCAUUCAAGUCCAGCAUCUUCUUGUGUCAAGCCCUUCGGAACUUCUCACACCACCGGGCCAGCAGGAGGGAAGUUUUCAUCUUUCUUCACCUAGGUCUCAUAGUGACCGAGGACCACUGGCACCCGAGCUCGACUUCAGUUCGUUGCCGUUGACAUGUCUCCAAGAACUAUGCAACGCAUGGUUUGAACGGUACCAUCCAUGGUUUCCAGUUCUUCACAAACUUUCCGUAUUGGGAACACUUCAAGAUGAAGCGCCCUUAUCGGAAUCCCCUCUUCUCAUCGUCAUCAAGGCUAUUGUUGCAGUCACGAUACCACACUGGUGUUCAUCCAAUCCACUUUCCCAGGAGGAGCGUAAGCGGCUUUCCGAGCUCUUUCGCGAGCAAGUUAUAAUUCAGUCAAUCAGCAACCUAUCUUUGCAAUCACUGCAAGCUGUCUUGAUCGUCACAAACAUAGACUAUGGCGGUGGCAAACUCUCUGAAUUCUGGAAUCUGGUUGCGCUUUGUAAAAGGAUGGGUGUCCAGCUUGGACUACGGGACUUGGUUGCGAAUAAGGGAGACAAUUUCAACAAGCUAUCUACAAUCCCUCCUAGAAUGAUUUCAGCGCCCUCCUCGCUCAUCGAGCUUGAAGAAAAGAUACGAGCUUAUUGGAUGACCGAAGUGCUUGACAGCAUGUCGUCACUCGGAGCUGGUUGGAAUCUCAGCUUAUCACGACCCGAGAAUGAGGCAUGGUUUCCAUGCAAUGAAACUGUUUGGUCAUUUCCUGAGAAUGCGACGUCUUUCUCGUCAUUCGGUGACUCAGAAGUCUCUUCGGCAUUCUCGGUUUACCUCAAUCUUGUUACACACCAACUUUAUCAAGUCCACGUAUUUCUUCAGCAGUCAUACGAUGCUUCAUCGGCAGUUGAUCGAACACGAUGGCAGGCGCAGUGUAUGGUGGUAGACGAUCAUCUGAACAAAUGGAGGGCGUCUGAUCUUACAAUUGACAACCCUAGCCACGCAGGAUUUCAAUCGGAUUCUACUUCAGUAUUAACUUCUGUAACCUUUGACACUGCAAUAAUAGCGUUGUACCAGCGCCUCGCUCUUCCUCCAAAAGGUCUCGGCGAAGUUCACGGGCCCUGGUAUUAUGCCAUCCAGCGUUGCCUGAGCGCGUGCGACUCGAUGAGUACUACCAUUCGUGCCAUUGCCGAUGCGGAUCUGGAAAAUAUGAGUCCACAUACCAUCUUUUGCAUCUUUGUAGCCGCACGGUUUUACCUCGUUCACGCAAAGAUUCUUUCUGUCGAGAUACCUCGUUCCCUAGAUCUCUUGAUUUAUGGGUUGAAGACUUGUGGGCAAAGAUGGUACUUUGCAAGACGACUGGAGAGAGUUUUAUAUACCGCCAUUUCGGAGAGGCAAGUUGCUAUUAGUAAGAGCAUUUUACCUUCCCAAUUCUGGGAUUUGCAGUAUAGUUCAUUGGAUAUCGAUCAUGUUCUUAGCAUCUGGGCUGAAGACAAUACAAGUUGA